AUGCCUUCUUUUGCGGAGCGUCCGCGCUCCUCGCAAGAGGCUCUUCUCCGACUCGAAAAAGGCUCGGGUUCUCCAAUCAGUCAACUCAACGAGGCAGCUCAAAUCAUAGGACUGGAUCUGGCGCUAUGCGCAAGUCAUCCGGAGAUCAAUAAAACCACCUACGUCCAAGCUCGCGCCGCUCCGAAGGAAGAAUGGGUUCUCCGAUGGUUAUUAAAGAAGUUGAGGGCGGGGAAGAACUAUCGUGUCGAGCCUGCGUCUUUUCUCCUGUUACGACAACUUAUUGCUCUUAUUCAGCCAAAGACAUUAGCGACAACACUCAAGGACCAGAGAUUCUUAGCGAUCCUCGACCACGCGAUUACCGACUUGGAGGAUGAUGUAUUUGCCGGUCUUGAAAAUGGAGUGACAGAGUUGGGCCACUCGGACUCGGAGUCUAGUAAGACUCUCAGCGAGUCACCGCCUCAAAGUGAUAAGAAAGGAACCAAACGAAAGAGAGCUGGCGACAGUGAACAAGAUGGAAUGGAUAUUGAUGAGCAGCCGCAGACGCCUACGUCGUGCUUUUUGUCCUUCAUUCGUGCUUUGGAUUGCUUGUACAGCUUGGUGAUGCUCGCAAGUCGGACGCUUGAGAAUGAUGAGGUAGCCAGUUCUCAUUUGAAGCAUGCGCUGAAGGGUGAGCCUGAAACGGUUGCUGUGACAUUAGGGAGGUCGUUCAGACUCGCGGCUGUAGCUUCCACGCAGUUUUCCAACGCGCGGAAGACGACAGAUCUGCAACACCUCCUAUAUGUGUUCCCAGCUAUUCUGGACCUGUGGGAUAUGAGAUCUAAUCGUCGUGUGGACACGGACAGUGGAUCGAGCAAUGAAUCGUUUGCCAAAUAUUGCUUCCAAAGUGCUCUGAGGUUGCAGCACUCUGUGAGAUCCAUUCAGCUUGACACUGACGAAAGGGCUCAAGUCCUGCAUGGGGUUGAGCGUUUGAUCGCCCUCCAUGUAGUUCUUCCAGCGCGGACCGCCUUUUUUGAUAGAGGGGGGUCAGGCAUAGAUUAUUCGGCCAGCGAACCGGACUGGAGCGCUGUGAAACCCGUUUCUGAUACCUUCAGACCCAUUCUUUGUGAACUUGAACUCCCCAAACUUCUGCCCGAGUUCUUCGAUAUUGCUUGUCGAUCGGUUCCUAGGGACACCUUCCGAAGGCAAACACACGAUGCGCCUUGGUUGGAGACACUGUUCGUUGCAAUUGCCGAGCUAGCAUUCUCUAUUGUGAAAGCUGAGAACGCUACUACUUACCUUCCCGAAUUUGUCGGUGUCUUGGAGCGGCUUUUUCGCGUCGCCCUCGACCGGACAGUGCAGUUGUCGUUGCAUACUUUGCUCACUCAUGCUUCCUACACCGGUCUGCUUAGAGACGGACUGUCGCAGGUUGAGUGGAGCUUAACCGCCUUAUUGAUCGAGCUUGGUGCAGACAUAUUCUUGCCAAAUUCUGGACUUAGUAACUCGACUCAAUUAUUGGAUGCGUUACUUCAAAAGAUUAACUUACACUGGCGUAGCGGUGCGUCUCAGACAGGUGGCAGCUAUGAGACUAUUAAAAACGGCAUCUUGAUUCCUUUGAUGCGCGCAUUCAUGAGUGCCAGAGACCUGGCAACUUUCAUGCAGUUGUGGUAUGAGCAACUCAUUGAAGUAGAAGAGGCACGCUCUCAAGACAGUAGCUUGAGCCUUUUCACUGUCUGGGAAGACGAUGAUGUGUGCAAUGUCUACGGUGAUCUGAUGCGCAGCCCCCUUACCCAUACAUAUGCUUCUGCGCAAAUGCAUGCAGCUGCAACUGAGAUUAGGGCCGAGGAUGGCAAGAUUUCCAAGUCUGCCGGAGCUUAUGCUCAGUUUCUCAUCCUGGAAGCUGGUUUUAGAAACCGUGACUUGAGUGCUACAGAUUCCCGUGAAGAUCUGGGCUCUAUUAUUAAGACAUCGAAGUCAACCUUAUCCUCGAAGCAACACCUGCAUUGGCGAUGGCGGUUGUGGAGGCUGACUCGCAGCCUUCUUGAGAACAAUGUGCACCAAACCGACAGCGCUCUUGCCGCUACAAUUAUGGGGUUAGUUGAAGCUGCAGCGAAGUCUAUCAAGCGCCACCAGAAGGACCAGAUGCAGAAACUGUGUGCACCUCUGGAGUGCUUUGAAGCAUAUCGAUUUACUGUUACCGCCAUUUGUGUCUCUGCAAAGUCCAGCUAUACUAAUGAGUUCAACUUGCUCACUAAUGAUAUUGCGGAGUUUAUGGAAUCUAGCUCUGGCAAAUCAACACCCUCGUCCAAUAAUUCCCCAUGGAAUGGUCGGGUGGACACUCUCGAUUCAAUGUACCUCGUCUUGGCCUAUUUUCUGACUCUUGUCAGAUGUCCGGAUGUCUGGCGCGAGGUCAACUUUGAAACCCGCCGCUCUCUCUUUCAAAAGAUGCUCUCUCUAGCAACAUCCCAGUAUCACCCGUCGUCGACCCUUGAGACACCUCCACCUGAGGCAAGGUUCUUACAGGCCUGGGCGAGUGUGGUCUGCCACGAAUACCUUCUUAAUGCUCCUGCCAUCGCCGUUGACCUGAUUACUGUCCUAUCGGAACGAGUCAAAGAGGACGCCUCGAAUCGGAGACUUUAUGUUGAGAGUCUCCAGAGAAUCCCUACGGCGCUUAUCACACGCCGUCAGAGGGGACUUCUCCUAGACCUUCUGCAAGAUGUUGUUAUACAAGAAAAUAGCACGGCUGAAAUCACCGUAGGGAUAUUGUCCCUGAUGGCGAAACUGGCCGACAUGCCCAAGUCUACGGCAGCUUUGACCAGCGAUUGGGAACCAAUCUGGACAGUAGCUAAAGCUGUUAGCUUGCAGGGGACAGAGGUUGACCUGCAGAUCAUGAAAGCAUUCAGAAACUUACAUCGAGCAGUCGUAUCUAAGCUUCUUGUUCUCUCCGAAGAGGAUUGUCGCAGACUGUUUAAGAAAAUGUAUCGCAAAGUCUCCUCAAAGGCGUCCAAGUUACGAUCUAUUGACCGUGAUUCCAUGGAUUGCUUUUUCUUGAGGAUCUCCUUAUCUCAGCUCUGGCUCCACCGUAAGCGACUUUCCGGUGUUGAUGAGACGGAGUUGGCUGCAUGCCGCCAAAAGGUUUUUGAUUUGGUUGUGAUGGAGGUCAAGUCCGUCAAAGAUCAAUGCAAGAAGCAGAAAUUAGAGGAGACCAUUACUUUGAUCAAGAUCUUGGAUGCAUUGGAGGACUUUGAGGACCUGGCGACUGACCACGCUGAAGUUGAGAGGUUCUUGACCAAGAUUGAGAAUUAUGUUGAAAAAUCGGUGGACUCAGGGUCCUCACUGAGAAGGCUCAUUAGGCGUCGUGUCUUGGCUGGUAAAGGCACAGAGAAGAGUAUUACGCUGCCUGUUAUAAGCUGCGUCGAGACACUGCCUCUCCAGCACAUGUAUGGCGAAGAGCAGCAGCUUUUUAUUCGAUCAACAACUGCCAGGUUUCGAUCAAUGACUGUGGACCAACUGACGCAAGUGAUCCAAGACAUCCGAGAACUUGGAUUUGAUGGAGAAAAUGCCGCCUACCACCUCCUCGUUUCCGGCUUAGCUGUUGCUGCACUUACCCCUGUCGAUGAUAAGGAAAGCAGCACGGCCAAAGAACUCUCUCUUCUGUGCACUGCUGUCACGGAUUCAGUUUGCCGUAGCAGAUCCAUCGAACACUUCACUCUUGCUACUGAAUGUAUAGAUAUUCUUCUGCGUAGCCACACACGCUGCAUUACUCAGUGGAACAUCGACAGUCUUCUGGCAUGUGUUGCGGUGUGCGCUUCAAAGGCAGGCCCACUAAUUGAUCCGGAAUAUUCCGCAUCAAUCUAUAUUCGGCUAUGUCGGUUGAUGGGCGUACUCUUUGGUAUUCACCGCCAGAAACUCGGUGGUCGUUUCCAUCUGAUUUUGCCUGCCAUGCAGCGACUGCUUAACUGCUUGUUCGCUCGCAGUAAGAAGCGUACAAGGUCGAUGCUGUCGGAGAAGAGAUCUGCCCAGCAACCAUUCUGGCUUGCACCUCUGCAGGCUGCCCAUGCCGUGCACUUUACCCGUCUCCUCACAUCACUUUGCGACCCGACCGUUUCUGCGGUGUCGAGGCCCACCCAGACCGGGCUGAGCCACGAGGGCUUGACUGACCAGACCAAGAAAGCUAAGCGUAUCGCGGGUCAGUAUCUCCAGUACCUCAUCAUGGAGUAUGCGGAGAGCUCCCUGCGCGGCUCACUGGCUCCAGAAGUCAAAACUGCCAUCCUGCCGGGUCUCUACUCUGUCUUGGAUGUCAUGUCACGGGAUACCAUGCGGGCAUUGAAUGCUGGACUAGAUGUAUCCGGGCGUGCGAUCUUCAAGGGCCUCUAUGAUGACUAUGUGAAGUUCGGCAAGUGGAAUAAGGGAUGA